GGAGCCCCGCCAUACCACGCGCUGCCCCCUCGCCCGCAGUGCCGUCCCCUCCCCCGCAGCACCGCCUCCCUCCCGCCGCGAACCACCGCUGCAGCGAGGCUAGCCACCACCGGAUCCAGACAAACUACGGCCCCCACGCGACCCACCAUUGCCGGCCCGGAGCCUGCAAGGCCUCGCGCGAGCCGCCUCCUAUCCCCCCAUCGCAUGGGGUCGCCCCGCCUUCUCCUCCGCCCUGGUUCAGAUCGUGUCGUGGCGAACUCUCUCCUUCUCGUUGCGGUCUCCGGCCAGGGCGUCAUCUGUGGUGCACGGGUGUCGUCCCACCCCUAUGCAGCUCGGUCGCUGCCCCCUGUGCAGCUCGGUCGCGGCUCCCGUGCAGCUCGGUUGCGUCUGUCUCUCCUUUUCCCUCACAUGCCGAUUGGGGGAGCGAGGAGCGGCGGCGGAGGAGCGUUCUCAUGGCAAGGGGAGGUGCGGGCGCACGGGGCUCCACCGGCGGCAUCUGCAGUUCACUCCAUGCAAGAUGAGGUGCUCCUCCUCGUGGCCGGACAGUUCAGAAAGAAGGAUUGUGCCUCACAGUAUGCAGGUGUUAUGGUCGUGCAGCUCGGAAAUGCUCGCGAUGCCGUUCAGAGCUUGUGCCCGUGCAGUACGGCGAGCGCCAUCUCUUCCCAUUGGUCGGUGGACCAUGGCCGUGCAGCUCGGAGAUGCUCUCCAUGUGGUUCUGGACUUGUGUGUGUGCAGUCGGGAGAGCGCCAUCUCCAUCUCUUCCCGUGUGGGGUUCUGGAGGUACCUUCUGAAGAAGAACCUUGAUGCCCGGUGGCUGCAAGGGUUCCCUUGCGCCGUGUUUGCGAUCGGCGAUUCAGGCUACCAGGGGUUGCUACAAAGAAGCUCCGUACAAGGCUUUCACAGCUUGGUGCAAAAUCGAUCAGUGAUUGGAUUGGGAGAUGACCAAGACUCUUCAGGAUAUGAAAAAGCUCUAGGUCCUUGGCUGCUGUCUUUCUGGAAAUCACUGAAUCGAACAAAUCCGUCGCUUUUACCAAGAAUUCAGGCUCGUCCGCGGGCACUCAGACAAGCGUCCAAGCACUCCUAUGAGUGUCCGUGCACAUCAGCGCCUCUACCACAAACAUUCAGAAAAAAGAGGAUUCCCCUAGUGUGGAAAAUGGAUAGCUCUAGAAUCUACUCCUCACAAUGGUUAUAUGCUGCUUUCAACUUCUCUGUGUAGUGAGUUGUAUUUUGUGUGUGGAUGAUUGUAACUUGGAGACAGAAGAAAAGAAAGGGAUGCAAUUUUGUUACACUGCAUCGUGGGUUUUUACUCACUUUGUAAUUUCUUUCAUUGUAAAUGCAGUGCGCUCGGUGAACCGAAGAAGUACAUUUUUCAAA